AUGGAUUCAACAAUAGAACCAUCACAAUCACCACUUGUUGUCUUCGGACCUGAUCAUAUCGAUACAAGUCGAGCUGAAAUAUUAGUUCAACGUUUAAAUGAAAAAAUCAAAGAAAAACGAUUUAAACUUAAGAAAAUAAUUGGAAUUAAUGAAGAAAAGAAAAAACGUAAUGAAAUGAUGAAAAAUGAAAAAAUACAAUUAACAGCAAAAUUGGCAAAUAUUGAACAAGAAAAUUCUGUUCGUGAACAGCAACUUCUAUCUGAACAAGCUCGAAUUAAAGAACUUCAAUUCAAUAUUCAAAUGAUUGAUGAUCAUAAUAUUUCAAUUAAACGUGAUUCUACAAAUGAAGAACAAAAAUAUGAACAAGAAAAAUCAAUACUUAUUCAAAAAUUUGAACGUACAAAACAACAAUGGAUAGAAAUCUUUAAGCCACAAUAUGAACAAUCGAAAGUUUAUCAAUAUUUAAAACAAGGUGAUACAGCUUAUAAUGUAUUAGCUGAACGAAAAGAAACAUUACUUAAUACAAAAAAAUUAGCCUAUAAAAAUUAUGUUACACGUCGUCAAGAAUUUUGUGAUAAUAAAAAAUUUCAAUUAUCAAUUCAAUCGAUUGCUAAAUAUUUUAUUUUACGACGUGAUCAAUUCAAUAAAAUCAAACAAAUGAAAGAAAAAUUAAUUGAACUUGAAAAUAAAGAAAAACAAUUAAUAGAAAGUAAAAAUGAUAAAAUGAAAGCAUGGGAAAAUAUUUAUACACAACCAAUGAAACGUGAUUUAAUGGAUUUCUGUUUACAAACAAAUAUUGAUCAAGCAUUAACACUUUCAUUUAAUCAAAUUCAACAAGACAUGUGGUCACAACCAAUGACACCAUCAGUUUUAACACCACAAAAUGAACAAAUUGAAUUCUUACCAGAAGAAGAAGAAAAUAAUAAUAAUAAUAAUAAAUCAUCGAUAUCAUUUCAUUCAACAACAUCGACUAAUCCUAAUGAAUCUGUAUAUCAAGUUGUUACACCAUCAGUACCUCAAUUCAAUACAUCUACUAGUACAGUUAUUCCUAAUAAAACAGAAUUAAAUCGUUCUUCAGUACUUCAUCUUACAACAGCUAUUGAUGAUGAUGAUGUUGAAUUAUUUUCAACAACUCGUCGAAAAAUACCUAUAAUUCAAUUGGAACAAAUGAACAUCAAUGAUGGUGCAUUGAGUACUCAAGCAUUUGUAGUAUCAGCAACUGCAACAAGUCCAAGUAUAGAUGUCGAUCGAGAAGUUUCAUCCAUAUCUCAAAAUGAUCAAGCAUCAACAUCAAUUGAAUCACCUCCAUUACGUAAUCUUGUUACACCAAUAGUUACUAUUCAAACUCCUGAAUCAAUGUCAAUUCCAUCGAUCGAUACUGCUACUACCAAUAAAUUGCAUUCAACAAUAGCAUUUUCACGAGUACAAAAUAAGUCAGGAAUAUCAGCUAUUCAACCUCAAGUGACGAGUAAUGAUGUUCAACAAAUGCUAUUAAUAUUUUCACCAGAUCCAUCAUCAUCAUCAAUGCAUGAAGAACAAACACAACCAAUGGAAGAUGAUUCAGUACAAACACAACAAGAGCAACAACAACAACAACAACGGCCUACAUUUUCAAUGGCUUCAUCAAUUGAAUCAACUCCAAGUACUGAAAAAGAAUAUACUAAUUUUAAUUAUAAUUUUGGUUUUGAUAAUAAUGCAACAAAUGAUUCACCUACUGAUAAUAGAGAUCUUCCAUCACCAAUUAAUUUUGGUAAUUGGGCUGCUAAUCUUGGUUCACCAAUAACAACAGGAUCUAACGAACAAUUUUCUGCUUUCUUACAACAAACAAAUAGUAGUGAUAAUGGUGCUGAUAAUUCAUUUUCAUUUGCUUCAUUUAAUUAUGCCAAUCUAGGUGGUACUGAUACAUCUACGGAUGGAGCAUUUGGUUCGUUCUUCUUUGGGAAUAAUGAAAAUUCAAUGGCUAAUGAACAAAAACAUGAUGGAAUAUAA